AUGACCAAGAAUUUAAGCCUGAAAGAGAGGCACAUUUUCAAUAUCGUGGAAAGUGAUGAUCAGAGGCCUCAAAAACGAGAUCCAACACUUUACAACCCACUUUUAACCUCCUCUCGCCAGUUUCGGCUACUCAUUCUCGAGCCUUGCAUCAAUCCUGGGGAGGUAAUUAGAUGCAAUCUCAUCAGUGAGUCCCUGGAUUCAGAUCUUCACUACGAAGCUGUCUCGUAUACAUGGGGUGAGCCAGUCAACGAGGCCGAAAUAAUCGUCAAUUUCGUAGCACUUCCCGUGAGGAAGAAUCUAUGGGAAGCACUACGUCAUCUGCGAGCAACUGAGCGACGAACACUAUGGAUCGAUGCUGUCUGCAUCAAUCAACAAAAUGUUCCAGAAAGAAACGCUCAAGUUAAAAUGAUGAGGCAGAUAUAUGAAAGAGCUCAGAAAGUCGUGAUCUGGCUCGGGAUCCAAAGCGAUGAGAGCAGUCUCGCAUUCAAUUUUAUGAAGUUCAUCAGUUCAGAUCGCCGAAAGCGUUCUAUGAAGUCUGAAAAACUUGACGGAACGACAAAAUACGUAGGGCUUCAAGAAGAGCUUGAAGCUGUCAGAAAAUUGUGUCAACGGCCAUAUUGGCAACGUCUUUGGAUCGUUCAGGAGGUGGUCGUUUCUCAAGAAGCCGAACUAUAUUGCGGCAAGGACCACAUGCCUUGGGAUGACUUCAGCGUAUUUCAGAAAUGCUUGGAAGAUGGUGACAUUGAGCUGGAUGGCGAUGACAGGAUACAAAAGAGCUCGGCUUUCAACCUGGAUCAAUACCGAGUGUAUAAUCGAACCGACUACUCCAAUCUCAUUGAACUCCUCGAGCCCUUCUCAUCCUCGCUCUGUUUUGAAGUCCGCGACAAGAUAUACGGACUUGUUGGCUUGGCUAGGGAUGCCACGGACUUUCGGAUUGACUACUCCCGGUCGUUGUACGAUAUCUUUAUAGAUGUCAUGGGGCUUCAAGACAAAGAAGAUUGCGCAUUACUUAUGGCAUGUAGUCAAUUUAUCCAGCGGUUGCUCAAAGAAGAAGUUGGGAAAUCAGCCCACGAAAACAGUCAUUCAUUGGAAAGGCUUUUCGGUGCUUUGGGCUAUGAAACGGGCAUUGUCAAAAUGAUAUCCGAGCUGGACUCGGAACCCACAAUGUUCCAAACAAUCUCUACGGAGGAAAAACUUUUCAUGCCAUUGUGCGAAGAUUGGAGACGGGAUAUUGAAUUGCUUUUGCAAUGGGAAAGAAAUGGACGGUUCGCCAAGAGAAUGCACGUUGCUUCUGGCAAGCUAUCCCAUGCGGUAACAGGAGGGAUGACAUUCAAAGAGUACAAGCGACUCAGGAUUUCAAAGUCACAAGGCAGGGAUCGUACUCCAAUGAAACCGGUUCCAUGGGGACAGCUCAACCAACCCAUAUCUUCUCCCGAUCUCGUAUUUACGCCCUCGGAAGAUAAGAUAUUGCAGUGCUUCAUUGACAGCAGAGGAUAUGUCGGUGUCGCCUCAUGUGGUAUUCGUACUUCUGACACCAUUUGUCAGUUCUCAGCUUCAGACGUCGUCGCAAUCCUACGGUGGCAAGAGGUUCACUCUUGCUACUCACUUGUUGGGAGUGCUGUAUUUCCAAUAAGGCGGAACGAGGCUGAUACACCGGUUUUGAAGGACCCCAAUGAGACCUUUCAAUUUAGCGUGCCAACAGCUGAGGAGUGUGUGAAGCCUAUCAGUUUAUGGCUCACUGCAUACAAUUUACAGAGGCUCACCCAAUAA